AGGGCCGAAGAUGUCGGCUCGGUCAUGUGAUCAGCUGUGUCCAAUCACAGCUGAUCACAUCAGUGCCACCUGUCAGUCUCCAUCAGUGCCAGCUCUCAGUGCUCAUCCAUGUCAUCUGCCAGUGCCCAUCAGUGCCACAUUUCAGUGCCUACCAGUGAACAUCAAUGCCACAUAUCAGUGCCCAUCUGAGCUGCCUUUCAGUGUUACCCAUCAGUGCUAGUCAGUGCCACCUAUCAAUGCCAAGUAGUGCCGCCUAACAGUGCCAGUCAGUGCCGCCUAACAGUGCCAUAUAAGUGCUGUCUUUCGGUGCCCAUAAGUGAUGCCUGUCAGUGCCCAUUAGUGCCACCUACCAGUGCCUCCUCAUCAGUGGAAAUUGGCCUGGGCAGGAAGGGGGUAUAAGUGCC